UUGUGGCAACGGUCCCGUUUUGUUGCUAUAGCAACGCAGAAGUUAUUCUUAUUGCGUACAAGAAUGAGAAACGGCUCAAGUUAAUGCUGGAUUUGAACUCGCUACCGAGGUUUAAUCCAUUUUAUGCGACUUUGAUUUUGGAUUAUUGGUCGGAGAGCGGUAAAAAUGGGAUGCAUAAACUCCACACGGGCGACAAUAGUGCGGCAGCUGACGAAGACUGACGCUGGAAGUAAACAUGAAGACCGGGGAGACUCGGCUGUGUCAAAGGGCACCACUGAUAGUGGGGUUGUGGUAGAGAACAGGGACAUCACGGUCAUACCUGGGGAAAUCCCGGAGAAACUUCCUCCCCUGUCAUCGGAGAGCUUCACCACAAGCAACACAGAGGAAGUUAAAAAAGAAACUGAUGCUCCAGUUUUACUGCAGCAGGAUGAGCCGGUUAAGGAGAGACAAAAAUCCAGUGAGAUUUUGGAGGAGCUGAUCAGUCAGGGGAUCAUCCCAGUGGGACAGAGGAGAGAGGACCACAGCUGGGCUGCCUACAGCAUUACAAUGGACGAGAGAGACGUUACACGAAGGCCUCCUGCACGGCUGAAGUCUCUAAAAAUCAAAAAGGCUCAAACUUUCCACAGCAAAGAAGAGAUAGAUGAGAAGAUGAGGCUUGCUGAAGAGAGACGCAAGUCCAACAAGGAGACCCUCAAGACCCGUUUGAGGUCAAUGUCUGCACGGGUUCGUGCUCCAAGAUCCAACCCCAGUAGUGAUGAGGACAGCUUCCUCACACCUGUGCAGCCCCUUCAGUCACCUGAACUGUUGCCAGCUCCAGAGCAGUUCAGCCAGGUACCUCAUGAAUCCCCACAACGAGGAGAUUUGUCUGAGAAGACUGUGGGUGAUGACAAACUUGAAUGGCAGAUGCAAGUAACGGCAGCAAGCUCAGAAGAGGAAGAGGUGACACAGGUGGAGGAGAUUGAGGCUGGGAAACCCUUUUCUUCUCUCAGCAAGCCGGAGGUUGACUCAAGCUUCCAGCAAGCAACAGACAAAGAGGACAUGUUUUAGCCUAUUUUGCAUAAAAUCUUAAGUCAUGUUUAAGAAGGCAUUGCUUAAAAAAAAUAACAAAACAUUGAAGAAGUUAGCUAAAAUAUUUUAUUUUGCAUGGUUACAAACCCAGUAAACAUGUGAAAUGUUCUAAAUCCCAAUGUAUAUUGUGCUUACCACUGUUCAAAAAAGAUUUACUUUCAAGUUUAAUGUGAAUGUGCUGUAGAGUUUGUAUUAUUCUCUUGCCAAAAGAACAAAAUCAUUUAAAUCCGACUUCUGUUUUCAGUGAGUUAUGAGAAAUCCAAAUGUGUAAGUUCAGUGUGUGUAAAGCCAGUUCUUUUUUUAAACACUAGAGGGCAAUGUCAACGCAUAUUCAACAUGAUAGUCUUUCGAAAGUUGAGUUUAUGUUAAUAAAAGCUUACAAAAUGCAACAUU